GUCGGAGCGCGGUAGAGGGGAUAGAAUUACGGCCAGCGUAAGGCUUGUGAUCAACGAGCAGAGCAAUAUGCGCAUCCCGGCAGUCUGAGAAAACAGCACUAGCAAUUCGGAGAGGCAGUAUACUUUUUUAACCUGCAUACAACCGGAAUUUUUAUCAAACUGAAGAGCUAACCCACUCUAAAGUGAUGCGAGGUUGCGCUGGAUCUUGUUUCGUCGUUUAGACCUUCUUUGAGUAUUUAAUGAUAUUUCCAAUUACGGAAUGCGUGAAAUAAGUUAUGCAAAUGGACUUGCUCCAGUUUAAUUCUCCACAGCUGACAAAGACAGGUUGAAGCCUGCCAGAAGCGCGCACACUUACAACGACAGCGUGGAGUACUCAUUGAAAAACUUUGUCUUCAUUGGAUGUAUUGUUUUUUGUUUGCAGUUGUAGUGGAAAUUACCCAGAGUGAACAGCAGAACCUUUGGAAUAGCAGAGCGACGGAUUUGACCUUUGCUAAAGCUGGCCGUCAAUCAAUCGACCAGUGGGCGGAGCCGUUUCAUCGAGGUACCAAGAGACUGGAAGCGAGGCUGACUACGAGAAAGCCAAUAUCAAAGCUAGAAUCCAAGGGACACAGAAUCGUAGGAGGAUUUAUUGGCAUCAUGCGGUCGCUAGUUGCGGUUCGUUUGACCGCAAUAUGCACCCUCCUUUCGUUUAUUAUGGUCUCACAGGUAUCGUGCUCAGGAGUAUUCGAAUUGGAUCUACUUUCAUUUAAAAACCAACAAGGAGUUAAUGCUAAUAAUAAUUGUUGCAACGGUAGGAAGUUGGCCGGCAGUAUGGGACCGUGUAGCCAGAGUUGUCGCACAUUUUUCAGGAUCUGUUUGAAACAUUAUCAAGUUCACAUAAGUACGGAUUCACAGUGCACAUUUGGGGAGAUUAUAACACCAGUACUUGGAAAUAAUUCGUUUAUCCCAAGACAUUCGGCAGAGUUCCAUAACCCAAGUAGAUUUCCUUUCGACUUUUCGUGGCCGGGAACCUUCUCAUUGAUCAUCGAAGCCUGGCACGACAGCACGUACAACGGACCCCGACCAGGUAGCCCCAGAGAGCUCAUCUAUCGAAUGGCCAACCAAUCCUCUCUCGAAGUCGGGGAGACAUGGACUCGGGGACCCACCACCACUACCAGUUCCAUUCGCUUGGAUUUCAAAUACAGAGUAAUAUGUGACAAGAAUUACUACGGCAGUGGCUGCACAGACCUUUGCCGGCCAAGGGAUGACCGGUUCGGCCACUGGAACUGCACGGCCAAUGGCACCAAAGUCUGCCUGGACGGAUGGACAGGCCCUUACUGCGAUAAAGCUAUAUGUUUGUCUGGCUGCCACUCCGAGCAUGGGACGUGCACCAAUCCAAACGAGUGCAUAUGUCGUUUGGGUUGGCAAGGGCGCUUUUGUGAUGAAUGUGUGGUGUACCCGGGUUGCGAUACCAAUCAUGGGACUUGUAAUGAAGCUUUUCAGUGCAACUGUGAAGAAGGCUGGGGUGGAUCCUUCUGCAACCAAGAUCUCAACUUCUGUACACAUCAUCAGCCGUGUAAGAACAGUGCAACAUGCACCAAUACUGGGCAGGGCAGCUACACCUGUACAUGUCCCAUAGGAUUCACAGGGACAAACUGCGAGAUAGAGGUUGACGACUGUCACCGUCAACCUUGUGCAAAUGGAGGGACUUGUCAAGACCUUGGAACCAGUUACAGGUGCAUGUGCCCACCGGGUUUCCAUGGUUACCACUGUGAGUCAACAGCAACAAGCUGUUCUGCGUUACCGUGCAAGAACCAAGGGGUGUGUCGCGAUGUUGGCGACUCGUACAUGUGCAUGUGCCAGGCUGGAUACACGGGAACUAACUGCGAAAAUGAAAUUAAUGAAUGCCAGUCCAACCCUUGCAAAAACAAUGCAAGAUGUGUGGAUGAAUUGGACGGCUUUCGUUGUGUAUGCCCUGCUGGAUUUAGUGGUCUAACAUGUGAAAUUAACUACAAUAACUGCGAAAACAACCCAUGCAUGAACGGAGGACAGUGUAUAGAUGAAGACAAUAAUUAUAGGUGUCAAUGCCUCCCCGGAUUUGUUGGACCAGUUUGCGAAACUACUGUUAAUUUCUGUAUCACUGCACCUUGUGCAAAUGGAGGCACAUGCAUCGAAGUGGUCAACAGCUUCAAGUGCACAUGUGCACCUGGAUUUACUGGCACUACUUGUUCUCAAAACAUCGAUGACUGUGCUUCAUCCCCAUGCAAAAAUGGUGGAACAUGCAGAGAUAGAGUUGCUGAGUAUGAAUGUUCAUGCCCGACUGGUUUCUAUGGAAGGGACUGUACAGAAACUACAGCUACUGCUUCACCAGUGACAAACAACGAGACACCAGUUGAGUCAGGAAGCACAGUAAAUAGUAAAACACCAGCCAGCCAAGUCAAGAGUGACGAGGAAGAUGAUUCUCUAACUAUGCAGCAGAUAGUUCUCAUUGUUUGCCUUGGAGCUGGGAUCCCCAUUGUUAUAAUAAUCUUUGUUGUCAUCUUCUUCUUGUGCAAGAAGUCCAGAAAUGAAAAGAGUGUGGAAGCCGAACAGAACGAAGCAAACAGUAUGAACAAUAAGCAGUGUAUACAGAAAAACAUAUUAAACAGUUUUCCAUCCAAACCACUUUCAUCAAAAGUGACAAAUGAAGAAAUAGACUUCAGUCCAAAAGCUGCAAACUCAAAGCAGCACAACUUAGAAAAAAGUACCAACAAAAACUUUAAAGACAAUAACAAUUCAAACGAGGAAAACUCGUUAGACUCUAUCAUCAUAGACACUAAGUCAAAGAAGCAAUAUAAAAAGGUAGACAGCGAUGCCAUGUCCAUUGAAUCUACAGUAGUCGAUAUUAGUGAAACACAAGACAUCCAUGUGGUGAAAGAGAAAAAUACUGUUGACAGUAUGGACCCUUCCAAUCAUCUAUAUUAUGACUACGAAAAGCAUCGGCACCUGUAUCCAUCUACCACAUGUACAACGCAGGACGGAAUGCUUGCGACAGAAGUAUAAAAUCACAGACUCUUCUCUAUUCACGAUAUACAAAGCUGUAAAAUAUGCAUAAUGUAAAAAAUAGUGUAAAGUGCCUUUGUUUGUACAAAUGCAGUCUAGAACUUUUUUUAUUCAAUUUGUCCAAUCAUCAUUGUUUGAUGAACAUUGUGUUUUUCUAAAGUAAUUUAAUUGAACGAUUAAUGCUCUCUCUUAAUCAUAUAUAAAGAUGGCUCAAAGCCAGUGUACAAAGUAUGCAAAUUGCAUAAAUGCUGCAAUAAGUUAUAUGACAAAUUAAAUUAAAGCUAAAUUAUUGAACUAAAUUAUUGGUAAUGAAAGUAAAGGAACUAGUCCAAGCUUUAGAAGAAGAUGUAGGAGGUAGACGUAGCGCAUUCUUGCUGAUGUGUCUGAUGCUUUACGAAAACUUGGUGCAUAUGCAUGUGCGUGACCUGCUAUUCUGUCUCACUAUUGUGUUCUGACUCAAGCACAGUCUGGGGUCUCUGGCCUACCAGCAACUUUUGACAUAUCUGUAAUGACACUGUUUCCCUGUAGACUUUAGAAUACGACAUAGAGCCCUGUACUUGUGCAUUUAUCAGUAUUAUUAUCAAUUGUGCUAUUAUGAAAGUGAAGGUGCUUGCUUAUGACAAAAAUUCAACAAAAAAAAUCUUAAAGCAGUGUUAGCAAAGUGUGUUUGUGGAAUUUAUUAUAUUUUUUUGUCUUGCCAAAGUUCUGUGCUACUAUGUUGCUGACACAGCUCUUACUGCCAAAUAAGGGAACAAAGAUCACAUGAUCAAGCACUGUUACCAUGGUGACACCCCAGCUGAAGACCAGAGACCCCUAUAUACGUGUUCAAUGUCAUGAGCAAGGUUGUUCUGAGAAUCGAGUCAAUUUCACUCACUGUGAUGCUCUUUUUGUACAUAUUAUGUAUAUUUAUAGGAAGAUAAUUGUACAUAGAACUGUAUUUAAUACUAUCUAUUGAUACUAUGGUAUUUACAAUAAUACAAAAUAAAAAGGUCACAAUGCUGACUAUUUUUUCAAAAUAUA